AUGUUUGAGUAUUGGAUUGCGAUCAUACGCCAGUGGCUGAACGCCAUCGUCAGUUCGCGGCGCUCCUCGCGCGCUGCCUGGAUGGAGCCAGGCGGAGGAGGGAGGGGGCGAAGGGGAAAGGGGGCACGGAGGGGGAAAAGCGGGGGAGGUGCAAGAGGGAGGAGAGGAAGUUCGAGGGGGGAGGCGGUGGGGGGGGUGGCGGAGGGGACUGCAGGGGCUUGGUGGGCGAUUGGGGGAGGCGCGGAGGGCGGCUACGUGGGAGCAGGAGGACUCGCGCCUGGGGGAACGGGAUGGGGCGUGGAGGAGGCCGCGGAGGUUGGCGCAAACGUGCGCGGGGCGGCAGUGUCAGCGUGGGAGGGCGGAGGGACGGGCGGAGGAGUGGGAGCGGUGGGCAGAGGAGGGGAAGCAGCGAAUGCAGCGGAGGGAUGGACAGGGGGAGGCGCGGAGGGGCGCGUAUCCCGCCGCAGAGGAGGCAGGGGGAGGGGCUCGGAUGGCGGCGGAGGAGGGAGUAGGGCGCGCUCAAUCGAGGGCGCGGGCGCGGGAAGGGGGAGAAUGGGGGUCGGUACAGGGCAAGCGGAAGGCAGUCGCGGGCGGGGGAUGGUGGCGCGUGGAGGGAGGGGCGCAAGUGUGGCGCGCGGGCAGGAAUGGAUGGGGGCGGGCGCGCAUGCGCGUGGGGAUGCGCGGAAAAGAGGAGGGAACGCUGGCAGGGGGUUGGACGUGGGUGGGGGAAUGGGGUACCUCGAUGGGCGGGUGAGUGGUGGAGAGGCAUUGGGAGUGGUCGGGGACCAGCAGAGGCGUGUGGAUAGGGAGGAGUACGAAGGUGCAGUGAGGGGAAGGAGAGUGGAGAUGGCGUGGGGGUUGGAGGGCGACGAGGAAGGGCAUCGGUGUGAUCGGAGGGGCGAGGAGGCACACGCAAGGCAGCAGAUGGUGGGCUCAGCAGAUGGGAGAUUGCACCGCCUGCCACAGCAGCAGCAGCAGCAGCAGCAGCAGCAGCAGCGCCAGUAUGAGCAGCAACGGCAGCAGGGGGGAGGGGGCAGCGAGGGGCAGUUUGGUGUUGCAGCGGGCAGUUGGGAGGAGGGUUGGCGGGCGGAGUGGCAGCUUGGCGGUGGAGUGGGUGGCGGUGGAGUGGGUGGCGGUGGGGAGGAGCUUGGGCGCACCGACGUGUGUGUGGGUGCGGAGGGUGGGGGGGGUGGGGCAUGGGGGGAGUGGCACGAGGGGGAGUGGCACGAGGGGGAGGGUGGAGGAGCGGCAGAGGAGGAAUGGGAAGGAGAGGGAGGGGAGGAGUGGGGGGGAGAGGCGGGGGAGGGGGAGGAGGACUAUGAGCUGGGCUAUGCUGCUGGCCUGGCAGCUGCUCGUGAGGCCCUCAGACAAGCCUCUGCCACCACUACCGCCGCCGCUGCUGGAGGAGCAGGAGUUGGUGCUGGCAGGGCGGCUGUUGUUGGCGCUGCUUCCACGGGUGCGGUUGACGAGGGGGCAGCAGCAGGCGGUGCAGCAGAGGCAGGCAUGAAUGGCAUGCUGCCUCACCACCCACCUGCUGCAGCACCACGGAGCGCAGCGGCUGCUCCUCAGACAACGGAUGGACCUCAUGUGCCCGUGGCAGCAGCAGCAGCAGCAGCAGCAGCAGCAGGCGACAGCGCAGGCGAGCAGGAAGGGACAGGCGGUGGCAGCAGCAGGCAGCGCGACGGGGGAGGGAGCAGGAGCGGGCGGCGCAAGCCCGUGGACGUGAGAGUGAAGCGCGAAAUCUGUGAGCUGCGGCGCCUGCGCCCCGGCAUCACGGUGCCGGGCAUCAUGCACGUGUGCCGCGCCAAGUACCCGCACAUUCGCCUCAUCCCCUCGCACGUGCGCGGCAUCCUCGACAACCCGGCCCGCUGGAGCACUGCGCUGGCGCAGCGCAGCAGCAAGAGCGUGCGCGCGCCGGAGAACAUGGCGCUGGAGGAGGCGCUGGUGGCGUGGGUGAGGGACAUGAAGGGCGGCCCCGGCGCCACCAAGGUGCAGCUGCACGCCAUCUGCGCCAAGGGCCGCCAGCUGGGCCCCUCGUUUGGGGUCUCGCCCUCCUUCAGGUGCUGCCAGGGUUUGAUGGGAGGGGAGGCGGGGCUCCGUGCCAUGUGUUGCUUGCUUGCUGCUUCCCCUGCACCCUCGGACCCGCGCCUCUCCCCUUCCUCGCCUCUCCCCUUCCUCGCCUCUCUCCUUCCUCGCCUCUCCCCUUCCUGCCACGUCUCUCAUGAGCGGUGGGGGUUCACAAAGCGGGACCUGGAGGAGGAGAGAGAGGCGUACUUCAACCACAGCCCCACCGCUGCUGCUGCCGCUGCCGCUGCUGCCGCUGCUGCUGGUGCAGCGGGCAGUGCGGAGCCAUCGCUGGUGCAGGUAGCAGAUGAGAUCUUUGGCGCUCAGAUCCUGGUGGCGCGCACGCAUGUUGCCGAUGCAGAGGAUGGGGAGGGCGAGGGGGAUGAGGGGGAUGGGGGUGAAGAAGAUGGAAGGGGUGAGGGUGGGAGGGGACGAAGGGGAGGGAGGGGAGGGAGGGGAGGGCGGGGAGGGCGGGGAGUAGUGGGAAGGGCGGGUGGAAGGGAGAGAGGGAGGGGUGCGUGUAGGGGAGGGAUGAGGGUGGUGAGGCGGGACACGUCAGUGACGGCCGGCAGAGAGGUAAUCGACCUGGAAGGGGGUGAGAGCGGGGAGAGAGAGGGCAGGGGCGAAGGUGGGGAGAGGGGUGAGAGGGGCGAAGGGGCGGAAAGGGACGAGGAGGCCGAGGGGCAGCUGGGGCGGCGGAGGGGCCAGGGCGGGUCAGGGGAGCGGGCGCAGCAGGGCAGGGAGCAGGCAGGUGGGGGGACAGGCGAGGAGGGCGAUGGGGGCUGGGUGUCACAGGCAGAGGCAGCAGAGGCAGAUGGCUGGCAGGGCGGAGCAGAUUUGCUGGCAGGCACAGCAAGAGGCGCAGCAAGGGAGCGCGCGAGGAGGAAGGCGGUGCAGCCCAGCCGAGAGCUGCUGGCGCUGGCACUGGCAGAGGCUGGCGUGGCAGGGGGGCAGGCGGGUGCAGGCAUGCAGGCAGCAGGUGGGACUGACUCGGAUGCUGCAGCAGGCACAGUGGCAGAUGAGGGAGUCAGAAGGGCGGCGCCGCCAGCAGGGGCAGCAGUGAGGGGUGCAGCAGCAGCAGCAGCAGCGAGAGUGCGAGGGAUGCAGGUUGAUGUGGAGGCGGCAGUGGCAGCAGCAGGGGAGCUCCGCCUGGACCCCCCCAGCCAUGACGCCAGUGGUGGCGACGCCCAUGCUGGUAAUGCUGGUAGGCGCCAUGCGGACAGGCAGCGUGCUGCAGCGAGGGAGAAGCGGGCGCUGGGUGGGAACGGCAAGCACCGGGCGGCAAUCAGUCUGCGGCUGAAGCGAGUGAUCUGCAUGCUGAGGGCCGCCCGCCCCGACAUGCGGGCCAAAGACAUCCUCCGCCUCGUGCACUGCGCCUUCGCUGCCCCCGCCCGCCAUCCCCAAGCAUCCCCCACCACCACCUGUGCCACCGCCGCUGCUGCUGGCAGGGCAGCGAGCUUGGCAGAGGGGGGAGUUGCGGCGGGUGGCGUGGAGGCGGCGGGAGCGGCAGCGCUGGAUGUGGCGGCGGUGCGGCGCAUUCUGAGGAAGAGCCACGUGUACCUCGCCCUGCCCGCCCACGGCGCCACCCUCAUCCGCCACCGCAGCGGCGCACACCCCCAGGUGCAGGCGGCCGUGGCGGCGUGGGUGCGGGCCAUGGAGGCACGGUACGGGCAAGAGGCCCUGCGGUGGGAUGAUGUGCUGGAGUAUGCGAGACAGGUGGGGCCGCACAUGGGCGUGGGCGAGGGGUUCCGGUAUAGCCGCCACUGGGCUCGCAAGGCCCUGCUGCGGCACGGGCUUGGGAGCAGCUGGGGCAAGCAGGUGGAGCAUGGGGGUGGGAAGAAGAAAGGUGAGGAGAGAGGAGAUGGGGGAGAGAUGUCGAUUGAUGGUAGCACCACUGAUGGUAACAUGACUGAUGGAAACACCACGGAAGGGCAGAGCAGUGAUGGUGGAGGGACAGACGAGGAGAGGGAAGAGGGGCGCCAUUCACUGCACUCUGACCGCCCUGCUUCCAUUGCUGUUGCUGCUGCCACUGCUGUUGCCACUGCCACUGCUACUCCUACUGCUGCUGCUGCCGGGCGUGCUGGGCGGGCAGCGGGGGGAGAGCAGCAGCAGGAGGGCCCGGUGGACCGCCUGCAGCGCCUGGCGGAGCAGUGGGCUGCUGAGCCCACAGGGGGCACGCCGGGGCAGGUGCAGGGGCGCACAGGGGAGGGGGCGGACGGCAGGAAGCGGCGGUGGCGCCACACGGUGGUGCCGCCCGCUGUGAAGCUCGCCAUGUGCGCCCUCGCCCGCGCCCUCCCCUCCCUCCCCUCCCAGGCCAUCGCCCGCGUUGUUGGCGCCAGGUACGGCGUGCGGGUAACGAACGUGUGGCUGCCAGCGGUGCUGCUGAGGGAGGACGACUGGAGGCAGCUGGUGCAGCUCUCCCGCGCUGGCAGGCCGGGCGCCGUCAGACUGCGCCCUGCUGAGACCCGCCUGGAGGAGGCUCUUGCGCUCGCAGUGAGGAAGGCUAUAGCGAGGAUGGAGGAGGACAGGCGAGCUGCAGGGGGUGGUGGGGGGGGCGAGGUGGGGAGCAGAGAGGGGCCAGGGGCGGGGCAGCAGCAGGUGUGUGUGAGGGCGGUGCAGGAGUAUGCGAGGCGGCUGGCCCCGCUGGUGGGGGUGGGUCGGAGAUUCACUUGCAGCCUGGCAUGGGUGCAGCAGUUCAUGCAGCGCUGGGGGUUCUUCCCCCCUGGUGGCGCGGGAAGAGCAGGUGGUGGGGCGAGAGGGCGAGGGGGCGGGCUGGGUGGGAGGAGAGGGGAGGAAGGUCGGGCGGAGGACGAGUUUGAAGAAAGGGGGGGAGGGGAGGGGGAGGAGAGUGAGGGGCAGGGAGGAGUGAGGGCGAGGAUAAGGGGGAUACUGGACGAGCGGUGUGAGGUGAAGGAGGAGGAGGUGGCAGCGCUGGUGGCGCUGGCAGAAGAGCAGCGGGAGAGGCGCGCUCAGAUCAAGGCGAGUGGGCGCCGGCUGACUGACGUGCGCGAGGAGGAAUGGAUACAAGGGGGGCGGCAGGAUGGUGGUGGUGGGCGGCUGAGCACGCUGCUGGCAUCGCUGGCCGGCGUGCGGGUGGCAUCUGCCGCCCAGGCCACCCCACAGCUGCAUUCUGCGUGGGCUGCCCUUGCCGCAGCCACCCCCUUCCCCGGGAAGCUCACAGCCCACUGGGUAGCAGCGGUGGGGCGCGCAUGGCGGAGGCUUGAGAGGACCCGUGUGGUGGUGUGGGAGGGGGGUGAGGGGAGUGAGAGCAGUGAGAGCAUGAGCGUAGAGGAAAGUGGAGUGAGGAGCAGUGAGGAGUGGGAGUCGAAGGAGGGGAUAGUUGGCGCGGUGGCAGGGAGGAGCGCAGGAGGGGGCAUGCGUGGUGGGCGAGGGCGGAAGAGAAGGAGGAGCGGGGAUGCGCAGGACGGUGUGGUGGCCCACGCCCGUGAUGGCAUCCCCGCUCCUUCUCAUCACAGGGAUGAGCAGGAGGGGGUGGUGGCAUCACGGGCCGGGGCAGCAGCAGCGGCGAGUGGGGCGGCCAUGGCAGGCAGGGGAGCAGCAGGCGGAGGGCAGUUGGCAGCAGGUGGGCAGGGGUCAGCGGGCGGGGAGGGGUCAGCGGGCGGGGAGGGGUCAGCGGGCGUGGCAGCACCGCUGCUGGCCCCGGAGCUCAUAGUGGCAGCAGCCCUCCGAGCUGCUCUCGCUCCCCACCCCAUGCCUGCCCCUCUUGCUGCUCACGCCCCGCGCUUCCCUUUCCCCCGCACUGUGCCACCUGCCACCACCGCACUCCACUCCCUUGCACAGCUGCUUGCUGGCUUGCCAUCCGCCCUUCUCCCUGUCACCCGGCCGUACGGCUUUGGCUGGGGCCAGCCGCUACUCACUGCCGCUCCCCCUUCCUUCCACGUACCUCGCUCUCUCCCAACGCCGCCUCCCCCCCGUUCUACAGCAGCUUUUUCGGCGCAAACAGCUGUUUCGGCGCAAGCAGCUAUUUCGGUGCAAGAAGCUGUUUCGGUGCAAGCAGCUGUUACUGCCUCUCCACCUCUUGCUGCUGCCACCACUACAACUGAUGCUGCUAUCGGCAACAAUAGAUCGGCACUUUCAGCUGCGCCUGCGACCUCUGCCAUUGCACCUGCUGGUACGGCCACUGUAGUUGCUGCUAGAAUGUCUGCUCCAACAGCUGAUUCUGCUUCUACUAUUGGUUCUGCCAUUCCCUCCCAGCAGUCUUGA